AUGGUGGAGCGAGCGAGUGGUUGGUGCCGCUGCUCUCACCCCGGCAUCUUCAGCGCGCGGGUCCCCAUGGCCCUGCCGAGGACAGCCCGCUCUCCCGCGCCGGGGGCAUGCCGCCGGCGCUGCCUCUCCCGGCGUCCGGAGCUUGGGCAGCCGCCGCCGCGGGCCGCGCGCGCCCUCCGCCCCACCCCGCGCCCCGCGCCCCGCGCGCCAGCCGCAGGUCUGCCCGCGGGCGCCGGGGCCCCGACCGCUGACGCCGCCUCCCGCGGAGCGCGGGGCCGAGUCGCCUGGGCUGGGCCUCCUGAGACCACAGUCAUCUUCAGUCCCCGGGCUAAGUUGCCGCCAUCUUCGUCCUGGAGAGACACUUUUUGGGGGGAGAGCGCUGGCUUUUGCGUCAUCUCCUCCCGCGCCGAGCUCGCUCCAUCCUGGUGCAGUGGCGGCGGCUCGGCCACGGGAGGAGGGCGAGAACGCGCGGGCCGGCCGCCCAGGUGCCCCGCCCGGCCGUCUGGGCUCCGCGCCGGCUCUUCCCUCUCUGUCCCCCUCCCCACUUUUUUCCUUUUUUCCUCCUUUUGUCACCGUAAAAGUCAGAAUGCGGACUCUGCCCGCCUGAGGUUUCUGCAGCAUCUCACUUCCCCUGGGUCUCUGGGAGAAGCCCGCGUUGCGGGCGGUCGGUUAGAGGUCCCCUGGGUGGCAGGGGUCUGGGGACAACCCUCUCUCUCUGUCCUUAGGGGGACCACCCUAAGGGGUGGGGGGGUGGUCUCUCCAAUGGAAGGCCGGCAAGCCAUAGAAGCCAUGGCCUCUAGUGCUCGCGAGUACGCCUGUGUAUCCCCGAACCACGAGGCGUCCACGGUGUCCAGCGCACCGAUUUUGUCAACCGAUUUUAUGGAGUGCACAGGACGGGUUGUGAGGGCAGUGUCCACAGAGGUGGCCACGUGGUGGUUUGCAUGUCUGUUUGCGUUCCAUCUUUGCAGCUACGGACAGGCGUAUCGCCGCCACACGUUAGUCCCUGUUUUCACACUGGGAAGGAAAGGAUUAAAAGUGGCCUCAUCUAGUCUUAAGAUAAAGCCUUGUCACCUGCGCUGCCUGGGGUCGCCUGCUGCCCUCCCCGUCCACCGCCAGCCUCCCAGGAGCUGCCUCACUGCCACCAGGUCAUCCGCAGCCACGGCGAGCUGGGGCGCCAAGGAGGCGUCGCCGCCGCAGCCCGGGUCUCUGGUGCCCCUUAGCGUUAGGGAAGCGCACACACGGUGACAUAUGCCAGGGUCCCCACGACUGACUGGGGCUCCAGUGGUCUGGGGCACACCCCAGCAUCCUUGGAUCUGAGAGAGUGCCCCGUCAGCCACAUCCCUGCCGUGCGUGUGAGCUCCAGCUCGCCAGUGGAGCUAGGGCGGCUCCCCGAUGGGGUACCCCGAUCUGCUUGAUCUACAGCUGCACUGAACGCACUGGCUGCCCUGGCAUCCCCCGGCUCCUAAGGCCCCCAUGGCUCUGCUGGAGCACCUCCCUUGGACCUUAGGAGGUGACUUGGCGCUGAGUAAAUACCACAAGAAACCGAAGGGUUGGUUCACCCGAAUGCGAGUUCCUUUUAGGGUACAGCAGGAGUUGGGGAAUGUGAGGGAAGUAGACAUUUUUAAAAUGGAAAGUCGCAAAACGGAACGCGCAGCAUGCAACGGCCCGGUCCAGCGCGCAGCAUGAGAAGGUAUACCAGGGUUUAUCCAGGAUUCACGGUGGUACCAAGUGAGAUGUGAAAGACUGGAAUGAGAAACCAUGGAUGUAGCCUCUAGAAGCUUAGCCAAGGAUGGAAGAAACCCAGAUGGCCAACCUUCACCAUACAAUGGGGAAUUCUGAGCAUUAGUGAUCAUUGAGACUUGAGAAAAGUGACUUCCAGUAAGAUUUUGAGAAGGACCGAGAAUGGGGAGGCAUUGAGGGCAUUGCUGGGACUCAGGAAAUAGGCUCUCAUGAAAUGGCAAGGGGCAUUUUCAAAGAACAAGAACAUUCCAGGACUCGAGCUUGAAGGAGCUCAUGGUGCCCAGGGAUCAGUGGGUCUUGUUGGAGAGUGUCAUUUACAUGGACAGAAGCAAAAAAGAAAGAAAAGGACUGGGACAC